AUGUCGGCAGAUGAGAUGGAGGACUUCCAUCACCCAUACACCCCUUAUGAUAUCCAGCUUCAGUUUAUGCGAGCCCUGUAUGCCUGCCUGGAGGAUGGCAAGGUCGCAGUAUUUGAGUCUCCCACUGGUACUGGCAAGUCGCUCAGCCUGAUCUGUGGCGCGUUGACUUGGCUCCGGGACCACAAGCGCAAGGCGUUUCAAGAGUCAGUCGAUCGCGCAAUAGGCGAUGAUGAUGAACCGGAAUGGAUGCUCGAAUUCGCCAAAAAGGAGUCCCGCCGCAAGCUCACGGAGAAGAGAAAUGAGUUUGAAGCCCGCUUAGCAAAGAUCAAGCAGGAGGAAGAGCGGCUGAAACAGGCGCAGAAGACCGCCGAGCGCCCUCGGAAAAAACAGCGUGUCGAUGAGCCAGCCACGCAGCCUGAUGCGGACGAUGACAGCCAGUUUGCCCUAGAUGACUAUGACAGCGAGACAGACGAUAGAAAGCAGCCGGCAGGCGAGUCCGGCAAUUUUGACGGCUUAUCUGCCAGCACUUUGGCCCUUCUAGAGCAGUUCAAGGGCAAGGUUUCCUCCCGGAAAGAAGAUGAAGACGAUGGAGAUGCCGAGGUUAAAGUUUUCUACUGCUCUCGCACCCAUUCUCAAUUGAGUCAGUUUGCGGGUGAAUUGCGACGAGUCACUUUCCCAUCGAGCAUUCCCCGAGACCUCGACCCGGAGACCAAAGAUGAGCUUUCCAAACUCGAGGAACGGGUGAAACACCUUUCUCUCGGAUCAAGAAAGAAUCUCUGUAUCAAUCCGCAAGUCCGAGCGUUGGAGAACGCCACCGCCAUCAAUGAACGUUGUCUGGAUCUACAGCAGUCUGGCGUAGCCGCUGACAGGAAGUGCUCUUUUCUUCCGUCCAAGGAUGACGAGGCGUUGGUUCUCCAGUUCCGGGACCACGCUCUGGCAACUGUCAAGGACAUCGAAGACCUGGGCAAAGUCGGUAUGCAAAUUGGCGUAUGUCCCUACUAUGCAUCUCGCUCGGUCAUCAAGCACAGUGAAAUUGUGACACUACCAUAUCCCCUGUUGCUGCAAAGGUCAGCACGGGAUGCGCUCAACCUGUCCGUCAAGGACCACGUCGUGAUCAUCGAUGAAGCCCACAACUUGAUGGAUGCAAUAGCUGGUAUCCACUCUGUGACCGUGUCGCUGGGUCAGUUGCAGACUGCAAUCUCCCAGUUGACGACGUACGCACGCAAGUUCAAGAACCGGCUGAAAGGCAAAAACCGAACCUAUGUCGCUCAAGUGAUCCGGCUGGUGAGCUCUAUUGCGGAUUAUCUACGAUCCAUUUCCCAGAAAAAGGGUUCCUCGGAAGGCUCGGUGCAGUUUUCGGAUCUGAUGGCCGGGAAGGGAGUAGAUCAGAUUAACCCGUACAAGCUCUCUCGAUAUCUGCAGGAGAGCAAGCUCGCCCGGAAAGUGGAUGGAUAUGUUGAAUCUUCUGAGAAGCCACAGGCAGGCCGGACCAGAGAGAAAACCAAUGUGCCGGUUCUCUUCCAUAUCCAAAGUUUUCUUCUGCCUCUGAUGAACCCAUCCGAAGAGGGGCGAUUAUUCUAUCAUAUUACACCGGAAGAUGUGGUGUUGAGAUACAUGUUGCUUGACCCAACCAACCACUUUCGGGAAAUUGUCGAAGAAGCUCGGGCAGUCAUCCUUGCCGGUGGGACCAUGUCUCCCAUGACCGAUUACUUGAACCAUUUGUUCUCUUAUGUACCAACCGGACGACUCGACACCUUCAGUUAUGGUCACGUCAUUCCCGAGAAGAACUUGGUUGCACAGUCCCUAACCAGAGGUCUUCUUGGCUCCGAGUUCGAUUUUACCUAUGAAGCUCGACAAUCUGAAAAGAUGAUUGUCGAUCUUGGAAGGACUAUAGCGACUCUCUGUCAGGUCAUCCCUGACGGCGUAGUCGCGUUCUUCCCCAGUUACGACUACCUCAGCCAUGUGUUGAACGUGUGGAAAAAGCCCGUUCCUAAUGGGAAUGGCCAAACCACGCUGAAUAUGAUUGAACGCAAAAAGAAGGUUCUGUAUGAAUCACGCGAGACGGUAACAGCGACGGACACAUUGCUUCAAGAAUAUACCGAGGCCGUCGAGUCCGGAUCGGGUGCCUUCCUCCUCUCCGUUGUAGGCGGGAAGUUGUCGGAGGGCAUUAAUUUCUCUGACAGACUUGGACGCGGUGUGCUGAUCAUUGGCCUACCAUUUCCCAACAUCCGCAGCGCUGUCUGGCAGGCCAAGAUCCAGUACAUUGAGGAAAAGACCUACAAGCAGAGCACUGGAUCCGAGUCGGAGCGGAAGGCGACGGCCAAAGCCGCGGGGAGAGAUUACUAUGAAAAUUCGUGUAUGCGGGCAGUGAACCAGUGUAUAGGACGGGCCAUCCGGCACGUCAACGACUAUGCGGCGAUCGUGAUGAUCGACCGGCGAUAUGACUCGUCGCGCAUCCAGGGCAAGUUGCCAGGCUGGAUCCGGGGGAGUUUGGUGUCAGAAUCAUCCGCGCAGCCAUUCCAAGCGACAGUUCAACGGCUAUCGGGAUUCUUUGCGGAGAAAGGCGCACACUUUCCCGGCAGCGAUCUGGAUUUCCACCAUCGAGAAGUCGACGACCCUUUCCCCCUUCAUCGCCCAACUUGUCGAACCACUCUCGCCGACAAGAUGCCUACCCGCUUCACCAAGACCCGGAAGCACCGCGGCCAUGUGUCCGCCGGUUACGGUCGUAUCGGCAAGCACCGCAAGAGCCCCGGUGGUCGUGGUAUGGCCGGUGGUCAGCACCACCACCGUACCAACAUUGACAAGUACCACCCCGGUUACUUCGGUAAGGUCGGUAUGCGGUACUUCCACAAGACCAAGCAGCAGUUCUGGAAGCCCACGAUCAACCUCGACAAGCUGUGGUCCCUCGUCCCCGCCGAGCAGCGUGACGCCUACCUGAGCGGCAAGAAGACCGACACCGCCCCCGUCAUUGACCUCCUCCCUCUGGGCUACUCCAAGGUCCUCGGCAAGGGCCGCCUUCCCGAGAUCCCCGUCGUUGUUCGCGCCCGGUACGUCAGCCGGGACGCCGAGCAGAAGAUCAAGGAGGCUGGUGGUGUUGUUGAGCUGGUCGCAUAA